AUGCAUGAGACGGACGUUGUCAUUAUCGGGGCUGGGCCGUCGGGACUAAGUCUUGCCGUCGCCCUCAGUCAGCUCCAGAUCAAGUCUGUUGUCCUUGAGAAGCAGCAUGACAUCUGCGAAGAUCCUCGAGCUAUUGCGCUUGCCGGUGAUGCAUCUCGUAUCCUUUCCCUCAUCGGAAUCACUGCAGAAGAGAUGGACCAAAUAAGCCAACCGCAGGCUUCCAAGUACAUCACAUUGAAGCUAAACUGCGAUGUGGUUGGACUUGUUGAAAAUCCAAGCAACGUCGAAGUAACAUACGAAGAAACCGACACACCGGGAACACACGUGGUUCGAGGUAAAUAUGCCGUAGGGGCGGACGGGAAGCGAGGCUUCGUUCGAAAGCAAUUCUUAGAGGAAAGGGGAAUCAAGCAAGAAACAGGACGUUACGAAGCCACAUGGGUGGCAGCAAAUCUCAAAGUUACCAUGCCUACUCCUAAAACCCACCCGCAUUUUCCCCUCUGGGAUCUCGGUUACGAACCAGAUGAGCUCUGGGACCUCUUUUGGCCCGGUGGAUUUCAAUUCGAAUAUGAGCUGCCCCCUAACUUCGAACUCCCAGAAGAUGCCGUAGGGCAUCUCAAGGAACAGAUGGAACCGCAUCUGACGAUUGCGCCCUCCAGCCUACGUGGCCAAGGUCGCCGGGUAAAUACUACUGUACGGUUCCCAUGGGAUUGUGUAGAAGUUUUGCGUUGUGGGCCAGCACAGUUUGCCCACAAAGUUGUCAACAGGUGGUUCGACGGACGAGUCAUCCUAAUCGGCGACGCUGCGCACGUCUUCCCUCCUUUCGGUGCUCAGGGAAUCGCCAGCGGGAUACGCGACGCACUUGGACUGUCAUGGCGCCUGUCUCUUCUUGCCGGCGGCACUGAGACACUCCCACAAAAAGAGACUGCGUCUUUCAACAAAGACUCGCUUUUGCUGACCUGGUCCCGCGAGCGCCGUCACGGUGUCGACGAAUCCGCGACGCUGACCGCUGCCAACGGAUCCCUCCUGCAGACCAAGUCACACGUGCUUCGUUGGGCCGUUUGGUGCGCGAACGCUGUGAUGAGCUGGAUGCCGCGCCUCCGACUCACCUUGCUUCGUGGCCACUUUUCAGACCGCGACGGUGUCCGUGGCGCAAAGGACGGGUUCUUCCUCGAGGACCAGGGUGGAGGAAUCAAGACCGCUCAGAUCUUUAUCCAAGGCGCUCGUGACGGGUCGGCUGAAUUAUCAGACCACGUGUUUCGAAACUCCAACGCAGCCUUGACAUUGUUGGUUCUACAUCAUCCUGAGACCGAGCAAGAGUGGACGGCUAUCCAACAGGCACCAAAGCGACUUAAUCUCCCUGCCAACUUCCUCGCAGCGAAGGUUGUCAGUUUAAAUGACAAGGUCGUGGAUUCCCUCCAACAGCAGCCGAAGUCUACGAAGAUUCAGAGCGCGCAUUUGUUGACGCCUGCAACAGCGGAGGCAGUUUCUCGCGCUGGACACAAACCGCUUCCACUCUAUGACCCUUGCGGAUUUCGAAAGAGAUUUCAAGUCAGUGCCAAGUACGCGCUGGUCCGCUCAGACUUUAUCAUCUUUUCCCAAGCGCAGACAUUGGAAGAGCUCGAGGGUCAGAUCGGCCGGGCUUGGAGAAUGGCAACGGAUAGCUGA